GGCGGAGGGGUCUCGGGGAUGGCGGCCCUGGGCCCCCCUCGGCCCCCGCCCCUGCGGCUGGGCCCGCGGCUCCGGGCCGGCGCGGAGGUGGCGCUGCGGGUGCCCAGCCUCUUCUUCCUCGACGCCAUCUUCAACUCGGCCCCGGUGCUGCCGGGGGACUCCCUGUGGGCCGGCCUCCUGGGGGGGCUGCUGCGGCUGCUGGGUGUCUUUGUAUCCAGUAUCGUCCUAGUUCUUUCACAAAGAUCCCUUUUCCAGUUUUAUAUGAUCAGCUCUGCAUUUCUGCUAGCCGCAACAUCAGUGUUGGUGAACUAUUACGCUUUUUUGCACAUAAACUUCCACAGUGCCUAUUAUACCAACGAAGCGUUUGGAGUCCAGCUCCUGCCUCAUAAAGGACCUUCCCUGUGGAUGGCACUCUCUAUUCUCCAGCUUGCCUUUGGAAUUGGCUACGUUGCACUGUUAAAUAUCCAGUCCACAUACUCUCAACUGAUCAUACUGGAUUUAUUGAUUCCUGUUGUAGGCUUGAUCGUUGAAUUACCUUUACACAUCAGGCAGAUUUUAGUCUAUAUCUCAGGCUUCAUUUUGACAUUUUAUACCCUGAUCAUUUUAGUGUCUAAAAUGAAAUGGCUCUACUACUCCACACGGUAUGUCUAUCUCCUCGUAAGGCACAUGUAUCGCAUUUACGGAUUACAGUUGUUGUUGGAAGAUACAUGGAAAAGGAUUCGUUUUCCAACUGUGCUGCGUGUCUUUUGGCUCACAAGACUUGUGGCCCAAGCUGCUGUGCUAAUUUAUGUUGUCAAGAUGGCGGAAACUGACUCAGGCACGAAAUCCUACCUGAUUUCUUGGGAUAAUUUUUGGGAAAUUCUCUGCAGCCUUAUUAUCAGUGGGUGCGAUUCUACUUUGACUGUAUUAGGCAUGAGCGCUGUAAUCUCCUCCAUCGCUCACUAUUUGGGGCUUGGCAUUUUGGCCUUUAUAGGUUCCACUGACGAGGACGACAAGAGGCUCGGUUUUGUGGCCCCGGUUUUAUUUUUCAUUUUGGCCCUGCAGACUGGUUUAAGCGGGCUAAAGCCAGAAGAGAGACUAGUGCGCUUGAGUCGGAACAUGUGCCUUUUGCUGACUGCAGUCUUGCAUUUUAUUCAUGGAAUGACCGAUCCUGUCCUGAUGUCCCUGAGUGCCUCCCACGUGUCCUCCUUCCGUAGACACUUUCCCGUACUCUUCGUAUCAGCUUGCCUCUUUGUUCUUCCAAUUUUGCUCAGUUACAUCCUUUGGCACCACUAUGCACUAAACACGUGGCUGUUUGCAGUUACAGCCUUCUGCGUGGAACUCUGCCUGAAGGUUAUAGUUUCUAUCACUGUGUACGUACUGUUCAUGAUUGAUGGCUACUAUAAUGUCCUAUGGGAAAAGCUUGAUGAUUACGUCUACUACGUUCGAUCGACGGGCAAUAUUAUUGAGUUUAUAUUCGGACUGGUCAUGUUUGGGAAUGGCGCUUACACCAUGGUGUUUGAAUCAGGAAGCAAAAUCCGGGCAUGUAUGAUGUGCUUGCAUGCCUAUUUCAACAUCUACUUGCAAGCCAAGAACGGGUGGAAAACCUUCAUAAAUCGCAGGACUGCGGUUAAGAAAAUCAACUCGCUUCCCGAAGUCAAAGGAGAGCGCUUACGUGAGAUAGAUGACGUGUGUGCAAUCUGCUACCAUGAGUUUACCACGUCUGCUCGUAUUACUCCAUGCAAUCACUACUUCCAUGCACUUUGCCUUCGGAAAUGGCUCUACAUUCAAGACACUUGUCCCAUGUGCCACCAGAAAGUUUAUAUUGACGAUAAGGAGAACACCAACGCCUCAAACAAUAACGGCUUUGUUGCACAUGAUGAAAACGAACCCAAUGAAAAUCUUGAAGACAGUGAUGGUACUGACAGUGAGGAGGAGGAAGAGACGGAUGGCUUGACUUAGCCCGUUAUCGCA